GGAGGUAAGAAGAGCUGUGAGUGGCACCCAGGAAGGCAGAAGCUGAGGAAUUCAGGAGGGGCAAGAAUAGCCCUACAAAAAAGGCUCUGGGCACACUUUUGCAGCCAAAUCCAGAGAAAGAACAGCCAGUUGCAUAAUCCUUCUAUUUGCUCAGAUCUACAUUUUGCCCUGAAACUCCCUGCCCUGGGAAACGAUUGAGGAAGGCACCCAGCAAGGACUGGGCAGGGCAGGGAGUCAGCAGACCAGCCAGGGGUGCGCGGGAACUUCAGUCUUUCUUCCACCGCUGCUGUCCAGGAGGAUGGAGGCCUUCAACGAGUCUUCCCCGUUCAACUUCUCCCUCCCGCACAACUUCGGCAAGCGGCCCACCGACCGGGCACUGAGCGUCAUUCUGGUGAUCAUGCUGUUAACCAUCAUGCUCUCGCUGGGUUGCACCAUGGAGUUCAGCAAGAUCAAGGCGCACUUCUGGAGGCCCAAGGGGCUGGCCGUCGCCCUGGUGGCGCAGUUUGGCAUCAUGCCCCUCACUGCCUUUGGACUGGGCAAGUUCUUCCAGCUGACCAACGUUGAGGCCCUGGCCAUCCUGAUCUGUGGCUGCUCGCCAGGGGGGAACCUCUCCAACAUCUUCACCUUGGCCAUAAAGGGGGACAUGAACCUGAGUAUCGUGAUGACGACCUGCUCCACAUUCUUUGCCCUGGGCAUGAUGCCCCUCCUCCUGUACCUUUACUCCAGGGGCAUCUAUGAUGGGUCCCUGAAGGACAAGGUGCCCUACGGCGGCAUCAUGAUAUCACUGAUCCUGAUUCUCAUCCCUUGCACCACAGGCAUCAUCCUCAAAUCCAAACGGCCACAAUACGUACGCUAUGUCACCAAGGGGGGGAUCAUCCUCCUGCUUCUGUGCAGCGUGGCGGUUGUAGUGCUCUCUGCCCUCAACGUGGGCAAGAGCAUCUUGUUUGUCAUGACACCACACUUGCUGGCCACCUCCUCCUUGAUGCCUUUCAUCGGCUUCCUGCUAGGCUACCUUCUCUCUGCACUUUUCUGCCUCAACGGACGAUGCAAACGCACUGUCAGCAUGGAGACUGGAUGCCAAAAUAUUCAACUCUGCUCCACCAUCCUCAACGUGACCUUCCCCCCUGAAGUCAUUGGACCACUUUUCUUCUUCCCUCUCCUGUACAUGAUUUUCCAGGCUGGAGAAGGGCUUCUCCUUAUCGCCAUCUUUAGGUGCUAUGAGAAAUUCAAGCCUUCCAGAGAUAACACAAAAAUGACCUACAAAGUUGAUGCAACUGAAGAAACCCUCUCAACAGCUCUGGGAAAUGGCACCUACAAAGGGGAGGAGUGUAAUGUUGGGUUUACUUCAGCCUCCCCCAAAGACCUGGAUUCUGGUCAGAAGGCAACUGAGCAACUCAACGUGGCAAACUGAACAGAGAGCAGAAAGAGGAACCACCUGUGGUGUUCUUACGUCUUUCUUCAGCAUUGUCAGCAUAAACUAUCAGAAUCAUUAAGCCUUGCAUGGAGAACAAAGUGGGAGUCUACCCCACAAGGCUUACCUUUCCUCAGUUCAGGACUUGAUACCUGUUUAAAAAAUAAAAAACUUGUUCAAGGAUAGCCCUACGAAGGAAGGCACCAAAACUGCCUUUGUAUCCCUAGAACAGUGCCUAGGCACAAGAAAGCAACUUCUGAGCUAGUCAAUAAAUGGGCUUUCACUCUAAACUCGAAUAUCCAAAUUCCAUUCCCAGUUUUGUGACCCAAAACGGAAAUAAGAUGCUCAGAGUAUUGUAGGAUUAGUAGACUUCAGAAGUCAUUUCUAACCUUUAGAUUUAGAAAAAUCUAGAUCCCAUUCUUUCCCCUUUAACAUCACUGGCACCAAAACUACUGAGAACAUGACACCAACUGGCUAAGACAAACUCAAAACCACAUUGAGAUGAAAGGAUGUUUUGGAGAACACAAUUCUGGAAGACAACUUUAAAAAAAAAAGCAAGGAGAAGUAUAAAUACCAAGAGAAUAAUUUCACUAAUCUAAUAAUCUACCCCAUCAGUUCAUUAGGUAUCAGUAGUUUUCACAUUAUGUUCAAAUUUAAAAUUGAGAGUAAACUACUGCCAAAAUUAAUGAUUGCUAACUUUAAAGUAACUGAAAUUCUUAAAUUACCAAUUUUUCCCAAUGAAAUUUAGACAUUUUCCAUACUGUUCACAGGCAAACACACACACACACACAGGCACAUUAAGUCAAAGAUUAACAAAUAAAAAGAUUUGCAAACAGCUGACCAUA